AUGGUAGCCUCUUAGAUAAAGUACACAUAGCAAUAUGAUUCAUCAGACACCUCACACACAUUUAGGACGUUUGUGAACUGACACCAGAGACCUUGAUUUAAUUUAAAUACAACAGCUGUAAAAGUCAGAGAGCGGUACAGCAGGAUUGUGACUGUGUAUCCGAGCAGCUAACUGAUCUGUCAACUGCACAGCAUUUCUGGAAUCUGUCAGCAACAAGGAGUGGAAAGGUAAGAGGAGUGAUACGACAUGCAGUGGAGGGAACGCCUGAAGAGCUAUAGCUCCUGAGAGCCAUUGACUAAUACUUGAGCUUGAGAGAUGAGACAUGCUGCCCAGGAGGUGAGUUUUAUAAUGUGUUGAUUUUUGUGUGUUCAAACAAGAUUUUUUUUGUUAAAGCUGGCAGACUUACUGAUCACUUCUACUUCUAAUUCUGCUUACUUUCUUACAUCAACAUGAGCUGGGGAACACGGCUGCUGCAGAACAUAAAAUGUGCUCAGGACUGAACUUGUGAAUCUUGAACAGGCUUUAUCUCAGUUAGGAGUGGAGUGAAACUCAUCAUCAAGAUUGUCAGUGACAUCAAGAUAUCAUAUGUGUUCUAGGCAGAUCUUGCCAACAUGGAGAUAUUGUGACUUUUUGCCAGAUUGAUGAAUGAAAUUAUCAUACUGACUAAAGGGUGACAUGAGCUGGCCUGGGAUAGUCUUGCAGUCAUACAAUUGGACUCAGUAGUGGGAACUUUGAUAAAUAGCACUUAUUACCAGAGACACACCAGGCUGCGGUCAUGUCGAACUUCCAAGAGCAGAGCCUUGAUGAGAAUGCGGUGUUCCUGCCGGUGAAUGAGUCCUCCCCAGAGUACCUCCAUUGUGAGAAGGAGCGUCAAGCAGUGGAGAGACUCCUAAGUGCAGGACCAGAGGCCUUCUACAGCUCUAUCAGCACAGAGUGCUCUGGCUGCUUCCUGUCUGCUGAAGAAGUCACCCAGAUAACCAGCUGGGCUCAGGACUAUCACUUCAUCCCCCUACAGGUACAAAGAGAGGUGAAUGGAGAGGAAGGCAACUCAGAGAUGGAGGACGUCUGUUCCACCUACUUCCCUUCCUACUCAGACACACCAGCGCCGAACCUGGAGCUGGGCUGGCCUGAAAAAAGCCCCUGGGUGUCAAAGGGAAGUGUUACAGUCCACACCAGUCCUCCUGUUGACGGAGAACCUCCUGUCAGAGAGAUCAUCAGACGGCACUUGCAAAAGGCCAGCCAAGUAAUUGCCAUUGUGACAGACAGAUUGACAGAUGGUGCAAUAAUUGGCGAUUUACACAAUGCUGCCUCUCGGGGUGUCCCUGUCUACAUCAUCCUGAACCAAAGGUCUAUUCAGGAGAACUUCACACUCAACAGGUUCAGGCAUCCGAACAUGCAGGUCCGUGUUCUUGGAGGGAAAUCCUUCUGUUCAAGGACGGGAAAAAUGGUGGUCGGGGAAAUGAAAGACAAGUUCCUUCUGGUGGAUUUAAAGACAGUGAUUCAUGGCAGCUACAGCCUCACGUGGACAGACGCCCACCUGCACCGGCAGCUGAUCACUGCUCUAAGUGGCCCAGUUGUUGACUCAUUUGACAGGGAGUUCAGGAUCCUUUUUGCUGCUUCUCUCCCCAUCCCAGACACAUGGAGGGUUGCAGGUACUCAUGUAGAUGUGACUCAUCCGCUGAAAGACCUCUCAGAUCUCAGGUUUCAAAAACAUCUCCCUUUGGAGCCUGAGAUUACAAACCCUCCAUCCCCACCUACCGAUUCCCUCCUGGACUGGGAAGCCAUGGGGGUUGUCCAGAGAGACUGCUGCUUCCCGGACAGUCUUCCUGAUCAACAAGAGGAAAUCAUGACCAAACAAAUGCCACUGCAGAACAACAUGCUGUUUGAUACAAACACACCCAUAAUGGACGGCUUUUCUACCAAUAGAAGCCAAUUUGUGGAUAAGAAAAGGUUAAGUGAAAACACAUCUCCAGUGGGAAACAAUGUACCAGAUAAAUCAACAACUUUGAACAACACACUGCCCUCGCCAACAGACCCGACAACUCCAGAAAGAAGGAAAAGGGUGGAACAUCUAACAGAGAAAGCCCUUUCCAGGCAACUCUCCAUAGAGAAGAGCACCAAUUUAGAUGACAGAACAACAACAAGACUUGGUGAUAAAACAACAGAGCCAGCACACAAUAUGAUCAUACUUUCCUCUACUAAGAGAAGAGAGUGCUCAAGGAGGAAGUCCAUUUUAGAAGAGGAGAGAAGCAUAAAUGAAACACCAUCUUCUAGAAAACCCAUAAUCCUGAGAGUGCCCCAGUCUGAGAGCUACAGCUCUCUGAGUGACAUUAUGAAGAGGUUUCAGCCUCAGCAGAGCACUUCAGGACUGUGCAGGAGAGGAUCAAAAGCCGCUGUGUCAGAAAUGAGCCGAUCCAUGAUGGACCUGAGCGUACACACAGAUAUAAAUCCUGAUGAGAGAGGAGUCCCGGUGCCAAGGUUUAAGGCCAGCUGCUUUGACCCGGGUCAUAUAACACCUGCUUUUGCCCUGAUGAAGAAGAGGAAUGAUGACUUGAAAUCUGUAUUAUACAGAACUCCAAAAACCUUUCUGCCCAGACAGAGGCCUCGCAGCUCCAGUUAUGCCCUCAAUAUGGACUGGAGGAGGUCACUGGCAGAGACGGAGGGAGAACCCGAAUGAGGAGCGAGAAAGUAAAUUCAUGGGCAAUAUGUUCUGUAAUAACAUCUUCUAUCACUGAGGGGAGGCAGCUGCCAGCAGUGGAUAGUUAUGACCUCUGCAGUGUUAAUUACCCAAAACAGGCUGUGACUCUGAAAAUAAAGCCAUUGUUAAUAUGUAGGAUGUAUAUCAGUUCUAUCUGUGGAUUUGAUGUCCCACUGAAUUUGAUGAUGUUUCACUGUAUGCUAUACAUGUAUAUACUGUAGUGUGUUUGAUGCAAUGCUUUACUUUAAAAUAUGUUUAAAUAAAUAAAAUUGUUCUGUUAAUGCUGCUCACCAUGAA